AUGGAGCUCCGGGGCCCCGGGGCGCCGCCGCCGCUGCUGCCGCCGCUGCUGCUGCUUCUGGGGGCCGGUCUCCUGCCCGUGAACAGCCACAUGGAGACCCGGGCCCACGCAGAGGAGCGGCUUCUGAAGAAACUCUUCUCUGGCUACAACAAGUGGUCCCGGCCGGUGGCCAACAUCUCAGACGUGGUCCUCGUCCGCUUCGGCCUGUCCAUCGCACAGCUCAUCGACGUGGACGAGAAAAACCAGAUGAUGACGACCAACGUAUGGGUGAAGCAGGAGUGGCACGACUACAAGCUGCGCUGGGACCCAGCCGACUACGAGAACGUCACCUCCAUCCGCAUCCCCUCUGAGCUCAUCUGGCGGCCUGACAUCGUCCUCUACAACAAUGCGGACGGGGACUUUGCAGUCACCCACCUGACCAAGGCACACCUGUUCCAUGACGGGCGGGUGCAGUGGACACCCCCGGCCAUCUACAAGAGCUCCUGCAGCAUUGAUGUCACCUUCUUCCCCUUCGACCAGCAGAACUGCACCAUGAAGUUCGGGUCCUGGACCUAUGACAAGGCCAAGAUCGACCUGGUGAGCAUGCACAGCCGUGUGGACCAGCUGGACUUCUGGGAGAGCGGCGAGUGGGUGAUCGUGGACGCGGUGGGCACCUACAACACCCGCAAGUACGAGUGCUGCGCCGAGAUCUACCCCGACAUCACCUACGCCUUCGUCAUCCGGCGGCUGCCGCUCUUCUACACCAUCAACCUCAUCAUCCCCUGCCUGCUUAUCUCCUGCCUCACUGUCCUCGUCUUCUACCUGCCCUCGGACUGCGGCGAGAAGAUCACACUGUGCAUCUCGGUACUGCUGUCGCUCACUGUCUUCCUGCUGCUCAUCACCGAGAUCAUCCCGUCCACCUCACUAGUCAUCCCGCUCAUCGGCGAGUACCUGCUCUUCACCAUGAUCUUCGUCACACUCUCCAUCGUCAUCACAGUCUUUGUGCUCAAUGUGCACCACCGCUCCCCACGCACGCACACCAUGCCCGCCUGGGUGCGCAGGGUCUUCCUGGAUGUGGUGCCGCGCCUGCUCUUCAUGAAGCGGCCGUCCGUGGUCAAGGACAACUGCAGGAGGCUCAUCGAGUCCAUGCAUAAGAUGGCCAGUGCCCCGCACUUCUGGCCUGAGCCCGCGGGGGUGCCCAGCACGGAGAGUGGUGCCUGCAGCCAGGGUCCAUCGCCCUCCCCAUCCUUCUGCAUGCCCCUGGACACACCGGCCGAGCCCCAGCCUGCCCGCACGUCACCCCCCGACCAAGUCCCCAGUCUGCAACCCUCAGAGGCCAAGAAGGCUGGCACCUGCCCCUCACCCGGCCCCUGCCUCCCACCCAACAGCACCCAGGCCCCAGAGCUUGCCAAAGCCAAGUCCUUGAGUGUCCAGCACCUGUCCAGCCCCAGCAAAGCAGUGCAGGGUGGCAUCCGGUGCCGGUCUCGGAGCAUCCAGUACUGUGUUCCCCGAGACGGUGCUGCCUCCCAGGUGGACGGCCAGCCAGCUGGCUCCCCGGCCUCUCUGAAGGCCCGCUCGGCCGACUUCUCACCUCCAGGCCAGCCUUCUCUCUGCAAAUGCACAUGCAAGGAGUCCCCCAUGGCCUCCCCAAACGCCACGCUCAAAGCCCGCAGUACCAAAGCACCACUGCAGCCCCUACCCCUAUCACCAGCUCUGACGCGGGCCGUUGAGGGCGUCCAGUACAUCGCAGACCACCUGAAGGCAGAAGACACAGAUUUCUCGGUGAAGGAGGACUGGAAGUACGUGGCCAUGGUCAUCGACCGCAUCUUUCUCUGGAUGUUCGUCAUCGUCUGUCUGCUGGGGACCGUGGGCCUCUUCCUGCCGCCCUGGCUGGCCGGCAUGAUCUAG